CACCAAGUCAUUAGGGCAUUAUUACGAAUCCAGGAGGAUGAUCAAAUUGAUAUUUGGCAGCAAAAAAUCGAUAAACUUCUUGAGUAUAUAAUUGAUUUGCCAGAUUUAAUUCUUACAAUAUUUAUAGAUAUAAUUAAAAAGGUUGCCCAAGAACAACUUAAUCAACCAAAAUAUUUAAAAAUGUGA